AUGGCCCCCCUCCCCAGAGUCCCCACUGCUCGCAGCUCUGUCUGCUCCUCUUUCUCCCAAUGGGACGCCCGAAAGCGCCUAAGGGAAACGACAUCCACCUUCGUUUUCAAUAACACGGGGCCCAACCCCUCUGCCGACCUCAGCUUCCAUGUUAUGGGCCACUCGAAUACCAUGGCCUCCGUUGCCAACGUCGCUCCUCAAAAACGAGUGCGUCUGGAGGACGACAUCUCGACGGAAGAUUUGUACUCGGAGUUCGAAGGCACUGCUUCGCUGGAGACAAGCGAAUUGGUCGCUAUAGCCGAUACCCUUAGCACAUUGGACUCCGACAAUCGACCAGCGGUCUUCCAACACUUCAUCGAGGAUUACGACGUGCCCACGUCAAGGACAAGAUACGAGAGCUCAGACGACCCCAUGGCCAUCUGGCGCCGCCGAAAACAUAUCUUCCUGGAUAACCUACUGCGACAAGAUGGCCUCGGCGACUAUGCUCUCAGUCCAUCGUGCUCACUGUGCAAUGCCGCCCACGAACCCGACACGAUGCGACUCUUCCGCUGCCAGGAAUGCGGUGUCCAUCUGCUGCAAUGUCUGUCUUGUCUCAAAGAGCGCCACGCGGAUGCUCCUCUUCACGUUGUGAAGGAAUGGAAUAAUAAUUUUUGGGAACCUGUCGCGUUACACCGAAUCCAUCUGAAGGACACCUCGAAACAAAGUCUACGCCUCGAGUACCAACUUGGCCAUCACGGAAAGCCCUGUCCCUUGCCCCGUUCAUCUCUGCCCCUGGUUGUUAUCGACACGAAUGGCGUUUUCACGCUCGAUGUCCGAUUAUGCGGCUGUUCGAGGUCGCUCAGUUUUGACCUUGUCGGGCAGCUGAUGGGCAAUGGCUGGUACCCAGCGACUUCAAGCGAGCUGGGUACUUGUGCUACCUUCCGGGCACUUGACUUAUUCCGAAUGCUCAACGUUGUCGGCAACGUGAAUGCGCAUGAUUUCGUGGGGUCAUUGCAGCGCUUGACUGAUCCUACUCUGCUUGGUCAGACACCGGACAGAUAUCGCGCUUUUAGUAGGAUGGCAAGACAAUACGCAUUCCUGCGGCGAGUCAAACACGCUGGAAUUGGCUAUGAGAGGGGCUGGAAUGCGGAGGCUGAAGCGGCAGAUGAUGGGACUGUGGAGGUCGCGACGGUGGCGCCAGGCCUGGCUGCUGUCGAGUGCUGGGCAUGUCCCCGCCCGGGAUUCAAUCUGCCUAGUGGUUGGGAGAACUGCAAGCCAGAAGACGAAUUUCUUUAUGCGCUAAUGCUAGCGUUAGACGCCAAUUUCCGCCUUAAAAACCGUAUUCGAGCGAACGAGCGCCAAGAUUGCUCUCUUGGCCCUGGAUGGUCCUAUUUCGUUGAUGAAGGACCAUACAAGGAGCAUUUGCGCGAUUAUGUCGCUGAGGAGGAUGUCAGUACCUGCAUCGCUUUCGCUGCUUUGAUGCAGAAAGAGACACGAUUGACUACUGGGCUGAGAGUGUCUGGUGUGGGCGGCUGUGUCUGUGCGAGACAUGGGAUAGUGCGGGCAGGAGGUUUGGGUGAUCUACAGAAGGGAGAGCGCUACGCAAACAUGGAUUAUAUCCUUAUGCAUGCGCUACGCAACGCAAAAGUGAAGCAACUCGUCCUGUCGUACGAUAUCGCCUGCCAAUGGAAAGUGCGGCUUUGGGAGCGCGUCAUCUGCAUUGAGUCACACUCAAAUAUGCCGGCAAAUUUGGACGACUUCCGCAUCGAGUUCGCAUUACCUGUAUGGCAUGCGGCUGCACAUGAAGAGACGUGCCAGGCCACCUACUCCCUCAACUAUGCUGUUGGCGUCGGGCGCACGGACGGAGAGGGGAUCGAAAGAACAUGGGCAGUGCUUAACCCCAUCAGCUUUGCGACGAAGGAGAUGAGCCAAGGCAACCGACACGACACCAUCGAUGACAAGGUAGACCAUGUCAACUUCGAGAAGAACGUGCAAGAGGGCGUUGUCCUUGCGCGAAAGCUCCUCAUUGCAGUCGCGGAAAGGGAGAAGCAAGUGGGAGAAUUCCUCGAAGUCGACGAUAGCCUAGACCCCGACGUUUGGCGCAUAUGGAUGCAAAAGGUCAAGGACUGGCUCGCAGAUAAAACGAAACCCAACCCUUAUCUCAUGGCGGCCGACAGCGUACGGCCCUCCGAGGCGCAGGUUGCUGCGAAGCUAAAAGAAGCUGAAUUGGAAGAGGCAAGGGAAGGUCGAGGGGAUUCGGUCGAGGGUCCAGCGACAGCGACUGCCUUCGUCAAAGGCCUUCUCCAAUUGGAAAAUAUGAAAAGACGAAUUAAGAACGAGCUGCGAGGAGAUCUAACCCUAACCGCCAAUCGUACUGGCCAGAUCCAAGAGCUACGGGUUUCGUUACUCAAGAAAAUCAAGAACAUACAAGCGCCAACAAGAAUACUUCAUGCCGGGGGUGGCUGGAUGGCGAUGGGAGGAGGAGCAAUGCCGUGA